AUGGCACUUUGGGCAUAUAAUUUUGAGGAAGGAUGGUACCUUGAAUUGGGCCUAAUGUUGGCAGUGGACCUAAGUAAAGUAGAAGCCGUGUUAAACUGGGGACAACCCAAAAUGGUAACUGAGGUAAGAAGCUUUCUGGGACUAGCAAGGUAUUAUAGUAGGUUUAUACGGGAUUUCUCUAGGAUUGCACUACCACUUACCAAGCUCACUUGGAAGAACCAACCGUUCAAUUGGGAUACCAAGUGUGAGGUGAGCUUCCAUGAGUUGAAGCAGAAAUUGACCUCGACUCCCAUGCUGAUAAUCCCCAAUCCUAUGUUGCCAUACGUAGUAUAUACAAAUGCGAGUAAGCAGGGAUUGGGAUGUGUGCUUAUGCAGCAAGGUCGAGUGGUUGCUUAUGCAACACAACAGUUAAGAACUCAUGAGGAGAACUAUCCCACACAUGACCUUGAGCUGGCAGUGAUUGUAUAUGCCUUAAAGGUCUAG